AUGGCGACCAAGAAUUGGUCUGGACGCUUGGCAAGAAUUGAUUCUGCCCCACUGAUGACUGUAUAUCAAGUAGAAGCGAUUAUCAAACAAUUGCAAGAAUACUCUGAAAUGGAAAACACUGAAGGAGUGGAAGAUUUUACAUUGCCCAUAGGUAAUACCCAUUCUAGGCUAUGUGUAGCUGCCAUACGGCUGGCAUAUGGAAUGGAUGUAGACCAUCUUUCAUAUCAGCAGAUGUUGACACGGUUUGAGAAUAUGAGUGAGGUCCAUGAAGGGGACGCGUAUGGACUAAUGAUACGCUGUGGUCCAUCAGUGUUCAUUAAAGCAGGCAUAUCGGUGAUGUUAUCUGAAGAAAACAGACAGACAUCCUGGGAUGAGACGAUCAUACAGGUAGCGGCAUCAAUGGAAACGCGUGUAAAGAUGAUCGUACUGGAUAGCACCUCUAUCCAUCUGAGAGAUACCUUCAGAGCUGUCUAUCAGAUGGGAGGAAUUGCUAGGGCUGCUCAACUGUUAAGGGACGUGAACGAAGAUGAGGCAACCAAUGGAAAGGACCUGCCUCCUGUUGCCCCAUUCAAUGUUCAACCAGAAGGUGCUGCUCAAGGCAGCAACAACAAGAAGAGGAAGAGAAACCUGGGGUCUAAUUAUAGGGGUUGUUAUGGUUGUAACUCCAUGGAGCACAGACAGUACCAGUGUUCAGUGCUCAAGAAAAAGCGGGCAAAUGAGCGCAAGGAAGGAGCUUUGAGUAACGACAACAGAGGACAAGGAAGUUUGCCUCAAGGGCAACCACUAUUUCCACCCAUGCAGAACAUGGGAGUGGUAGGAAUAUGGACUUGUACUCCAGUUUCUCAAGGAGGCCAAAGGAGGUUACUCCCAGGAGCAUCGCCGGUGGUGCUUUCGGGUCCCGCAGUGGCUCUUGGCAAUCCCAAUGGAAUGUCAGUAAUUCCUCCUGUAGCGACGUUAGCGACAGCAAGCGUGGAUCAACAAUAG